GUAACAACAAACCAAUUACAAGUUUGUCUGACAUAAGUACAUGUGUAAAAUUAUUUCCCUUGUGUCCAGUAUUUGCAAUGUGGAACACUUGAAUUAUGAGCAGAGAUGUAGAGUUACAGAAUUUGUUGAAAGUUCAGGUUUUCACGGUUGAUGGAAAAGGCAUCCACGUUACAGUACCGAUUGUGGGAGAAAACGAGUUGUCUGUGACUGACAUACACACCAAAGUCUGCCACUCUUUGGGAUUGCAGAAAACGAGUUCUAUCUGGUUUUCAUUGUUUUGUGGAAAAGAUAUCAUUUUAAAAAGAUUAAAACCGGAAACAUUUACUCCUAAUACCACAAAAGAAAUUACCCUACGGAAAUGGUGCCAUAGUAAAGAAAUAGAAGCACAACUGAUUAAAGAUGACCCAGUAGCAUGUCAUUUGGUGUACUUGGAGGCCAAAGCUGCAAUAUCUAGUGGUUUACUGAAUGUAAGGCAUGGACAGCAGGAAAAACUAGAAGAAUAUGAUGAUCCUGCAUUUAAACUGGAGGAAAAAUAUGUCCAACUUGCACAAACUUUUGAGAACUAUUUCUCCAUUGCAAUAAAGGAUUGUAGAAUUACUUGCAAUGAAUUCAGUGGAAUUACUCCUCAGAUCUUCCAUAAAGGCAUUGUCAGAGUUUCCUAUGAUGGCAUACAGCUACAUGAGGGUGAGAAGCUGGUUAUUCUGGAAUGGAAACGUUUGAAAAUGUGGCUGAUCCACAACGAUUUAUCUAGAAUUACUCUUCUGUACAUCAAUCCAAGUGGUGCAGAAGACACUAUUGUUAUAGAAACCUGUCAGUUCGAAUAUUUACUGUCAGCUAUCAAUCUGAUGGUCAAAGAACUCCAGGUGUCUAGUCCCAGUGAUUCCUUCUUUUACUCUUCCAUGAUUUCAACCAAUGACGACGGAUCCAGAUCUUAUGAAAAUGCUCUUUUCAAGGCAUGAAGUCCAUUAAUUAAGUUCACCUAUACACACACUCUGUCAUCCAUUUCUAAAACAUCUGGAUGAGUAAUGUCUGUGAUUGUGAAAUAGUGAUAGUGUGAGAGAGAAAGCCAUGGGAAGAUGAAUUUAAUAUAGUUUAUACAGCUGCGUGUAGUACAUGCAAGAGUGUGAAUAAAGUUACAUGUAUUUAUAUCAGAAACAUUUUCUGCAUGAAAUAAAAAGAUUCAACUACAGGCA